AUGGGACGAAGCGCCUACAUGACGGAGGAUGUGACCAGUGUCAAGUCCAAGCACUCGCUAUACGGCCACGGCCGGCGCUUGUAUCAGCGUGCCGUCGCGAUCGGCGGUCUCUUUGUUUUGCCGCUCAUAGCGAGCGACGCGCUCGUCAACAACUGGGCCAUCAACGCGUACUUGGGCGACGGCAAGUUCUUCAUCACGCCGAUUGCAGCGGCCCAAAACGCGCAGCAGCUCAGUGCGCAGUACAGCUACGCGCGGAAUCUCGGCAUUCCCAACCUCUCCAACAUUGGCCAAUGGAUCGCCAACGCCACCGUUGUCAACCUCGUCACCGAGAGCGUCGACGUGUACGUCAUCAACGUCGGCGAGUUUGAACUGACGCGGACGACCAACCUUUGUCCGACGUUUGCCCAAACGUACAGUAUCCCAAGCCUUGGCACCGUCCGUCUUGCGCUUGCGUCCGACUCGGUGAAUUUCUACCGCGGCAACGCGCUCACGCAUUUUCUUACCGACGACGCCGAGGCCAACUUGGGUAACUCCUCGAUGAAGUCGACCCAGUUAUACGACCUCGGUUAUGUGCCCGGGCGCGCCAGCACGGACCUCCGCUUCACGCACGACGUGGUCGUUCGCAACACGACGCAGCCGCAGUCGCAGAUUGUGAAAUUUUACCGCAUCUUUCCCCGCACGUUCUGCACCGGGUGCGCGCCAACGGCGGAGCUCGGCCAUAGCGUUUGCAACUUCACCUACGUCUACAACGACACGACCAAAGUGCUUCGCGUGACCAACAGCACCUUUGUGCCCGGCUCGACCUACAUGUUUGGGCUCAUGAUGCAAAACUCGUCAUUUGGCGUCGCAGCGCUCUACAUCAAGCUCCUAGCGAUCGCGAUCGCGAUCUGCGGGUACCUCGCGGGUCGGCGCACCGUCCAGUGGCUCGAAGUCGACCCGACCAAAGUCGAUGGGCUUGUCGCCCGCACCUUCCGCAUCAUCCUCCCCAAGCUCUUUCCAUACCAGAGCAACGCGCUGAGCUACGCGUCGUUUUGCUACAACUCGGAUUUGUUUGUGUUUUUGUAUGCGAUCUCGGUGCUCCUCGACCUCAACAAUUGCUUCAUCUUUGUCCGCGAAGUCAACGUGUACAAUUCGCUGGCGCCGCAGUUUCUCUACUCGCUGCAAAUGUUUUCGCUUUCGAGCCGGCUGCUUUGGGUCAACUGCGCCUUUCUCAAGCUCCUCAAGAUCGUCGGGAGCUUUGUGAGCACCGCGUCGUACAACGGCCAGAGCGCACUCAUGGGCUUUUGCAAUUUGUCGUCGACCACGUCCGUGUACCUCAGCGCCGUCCUCCUCGUUUACGUCCCAGCGUACAUUGAGUACAACAACUCGGUCGCAACGUCCAUUCGCAACGUCAACGAAAGCAUUGACGGCAUCCGCGUCCGUGUCUUCGACGGGUUUUACCUCCGCGUGCUCUCGUCCGUCGGCGCCGGCCUCGUCCUCAACGUCGUCCUUGUCACGGCCGUGGACCGGCUCUGGAAUUGGCGCUACUGGCAGCUUUUGGCAAAGAAUUCACUCGCGCGUCAAGCCAUGUACAACAGCAGCUCGAUCGUGUGCGACUUUCUCGACGGCAUCGAGCCCGACGCAGACGACCGCAGCGCCGCGUCGUCGAUCGUGUGCCGCGCGCGCCGCCUGAGCACGCUGCAGUGGUUUUUCAUGAGCCAUUUGACGUGCUUUGGCUUGCCCGAGAAGCAGCUCCGCGCCAAGAAGCUCUCGAUUGCACAGGUCACGGUCAAGCAGCACCACACGGCCAAUUCGAGCACGCGGUCCAACUCGAUUACGCACCCGACCGCGCUGCCGUUGCCGAUCCCCGUGCCUGACGACGGCGCGUACAUGGUGGUCCAGGACGGCGACCACAACAUCCACCUCCUCGACGGCCAGCUCAACGACGUGACGAGCCUCGUCUACAACAUCAAGGUGCUCAAGAACACGACUGUCACCAUAAAGUAA